UAUUGUUUAUGUUCUGUUCCAUGUUUUCUUUUUUCUUGUAGUUGUUCUAUUUUGAUAGAGUUCAGAGGUUAGACAAAAGGCCUCCAAGAACAAUUCCUAUCAUAUCUGCAUGGAAUAGAGACAUGGUUCUUGAGAGGUUGAAGAUUGAAUUAGAAUUGGGAUUUGGGAGAGGGAAAAUUCUACCAAGGAUUGCUGCAGAAGUUGAAGAAAGUCCUAAGGUUAUAAAAUGAUCACUUUUGUUAACAUAAAUGUUCAUUUGUAUAAUCUGAAAUGUUCAACUGCAUAAUUUUUAAUAUUCAUUCAUAUAGGUUUUUAUGGAUGAUUUUGUUUCCCUGGUAAAAACAACUUGUUCAAACCUGUCAAAGCUUUCUUCAAAAUUGGUGAAGGCAAAGGAUAUCUUCCCUGGAAAUGACUUGGUGAAAAAAAGUUGAUGAAGUUUUAGGAAAGGUGGUAGCUAGGGAACCAUCAAUUCUAAGCCAAGAUGAAGAAUUCUUUGGCAGUGAGGAUUUCCUAAAUGCACUUGCACAAGCUGAGAAGAAUCUGAUGCAAGGGUCUGAAAAGCAAACAACUGAGAAGCAAAUGACUGGGAAGAAAUUAACCAAAAAGGGAAAGGAAAAAGAACAAGAAUAUGACAUCAGAAAAGCUUUCAGCUUGGGGUUGACUCCACCUUCUCCAGCCAUUGAAACAGGGCCCACCUUUUCAACACUUGGUGAUAUAAUUGAACAACCAAUAAUUUCAACAAAUGCUGGAGAAAAGGAUGUGGGUAAAACUUCAGCAGCUUCAGAACAAAGAAUUGAAGAAUUUUCUAGAACUGACGCAGCAACUGGUUCAAAACUUGAUGCUGACACUAGGUCAGAUAAUGAAGGAUUGCCUAGAACAGAUGCAGGAUCUGGUUCAGUGGUUGAUGCUGACCCUAGGUCAGAUGGUGGUGAAAAAAGUGAUGAUCCAAAAAACACAGUUGGAGGUGGAAAACAAAACAAGGAAGAUGUUUUUGAAAAAACAAAAAAUGAUGAAAAAGUGGAGGGUGAAAACAAGAAGAUUGUUGCUUCAUCCUCAAAAGUCACAAAAAGGUACAUUAUUUAUAUUAAGUAAAUGUUCAAAAAUAAUAAUGAACAUUUUCAUAUACCUAAAUGUACAUUUGUGUUAUGUAAUAUGACCAGGAAUGAUGAUAAGAAAAAGUCAAUUGCAGAAAAGAAGAAAAAAACUGAAAAGGAAAAGGUUGAAAGGUAUAAUUUCAAAUUUAUUUAUAUACACUCAAAUGUUCAUUUAUGUUCCUCAUAAUUUUCUUAAUUUAACAAUAUUUUAUAUUGAACAACAAGACCAAAACGCGAAAAGAAAACACUUCCUCCUGCUUUCCGAUCUCCUUACUUGGUCA